UGCAGAUCAACUCAUAACAUUUAACCAUGACAUAAAUAACUUUGAUGUCUUUGUGAAAUGUAUUCAAGAAAACAUCAACAAUAUACAUAUCAAAUGUCUUAAUGAAAAUAAUAUUGAAAAAUUUGAUGCUUUUCUGCCUCCACUACUAAAACCAUAUAAAGGGACAAUGCAAACACAUCAAGUAACUUGGAAUCACAUUACUCGAGAGCUGAGUUUUAGAACUUUAAGCUGCUUUAAAUGCAGCUUUGAGAAUUGUAUUCAUUAUGCGAUUGAAAAUAAAGUAGCGCCGCUACAGUCUUCAUAUUUAAGUGAGGAAAAUGACAAUGGAAGAGCCACUGCUCGGCCUACAGGAAUAGAAGAAUUUAGUGAAGAUACCUGGGUUACAGCUAUUUUUGAUAAUGAUUGGUAUCCAGGAAUCAUUGAAAAAAUUGAUCGAAACAUUAUGACUGUUAACUUUAUGAUGAAAAAUGGUAAAAGUUUUUUCUGGCCAGAUAUCGCUGAUCGUCAAACUGUGACUACUAGAAAUGGAAUCUUAUGUCAGCUAGUGCAUCCACCUGAACCAGUUUCCAAUAGAUUCUACAAAAUACAAGAAUAUGACUAUAUUGAUAAUUUAUUUAAAUCUUCAGUUUAGAUGUUGUAUGGUAAAGGAAUGAAAUCAAGUGAAUGGUUUCACAUAGCUGAUGUUUCUUUUUUAUUAUUUCUACA